AGGGCCGCGCAUGCGCGCUGAGGUUUGCGGGGAGGGAGGGAGAGACAAGAUGGCGGCGCCCGGCGGAGGGAGCGUGGAGGAGGAUGAGGCUGAGCCCGUGCUGGGCCGCUUGGAAGAGGAAGCGCGGCGGCGGCAGGAGAGGCUGCGGGCCCUGAGGCAGAGAUCGCUGCAGAAUAAGAACAGUGGCGAACCUGAGGCCAAGCAGUUUAAGGAAGAUGACGAGGAGGAGACCGUCAAGCACAGGGAGCUCAUACUGCGAAACUAUGACCCUGAAGAUGAGGAGCUGAAGAAGAGGAAAUUACCCCAGGCCAAGCCACCUUCAAUGGAAGACAAGGUGAAGGACCAGCUGGAGGCAGCUAAGCCAGAGCCCAUCAUCGACGAAGUGGAUCUGACAAACCUGGCCCCCAGGAAGCCGGACUGGGAUUUAAAACGAGACGUGGCCAAGAAGAUGGAGAAGCUGGAGAAGAGGACUCAGAGAGCCAUCGCUGAACUGAUCCGAGAGCGCUUGAAAGGGCAGGAGGAGGAGUUGGCAGCAGCUGUUGGGUCAGCAAAGCAGGAUGGAAGCGACUCUGACUGAUUUGCUCCAUCUGGGCACGGGCUCUGCCAGCGACACCGAUCCCAUCACACUCAGGUAGAGGGGCCUCGCUGCUGACCAACACUUUGCCAGGAGCCCACGAGUCCUGGAGGAAAGGGGCAGAUCUGAGGAGCAGUGCUUCCCUCUCUGAGACUGUGGCUGGUGGAUGAAGCACAUUUGACAUACUGCUUUUUAGGACCUCCUAGAGUUGAUGGGAGCGGGACAGACAUCCAGGUUGCCUUGAACCUGGCAAGAGUUGGAGCAGGGGAGAUGUGGGCAAAAGGGCCAAGUGCCAGAGAAAGCACAUGUGGGACACUCUCCUCUCACUUGGUUGGUUAAGAGAUCCCCACACAGCCUACAGCAUCCCUUAGGGCACUGCUCUUUGUCAGGGUGCUCCUUUCUGCAGAAAACUGAUGUCACUGUUACACAGAGAACAACAAGGUCUCUUGCUUUGGAGAACGUCUUCUCAGUAUUUGGGAACUUUUCCCCUGUGAUCACACCUAGCAUGUGCAGGGUGAUUCUCCUGGAAGUGCUGUGUGCUCAGGACCUGUUGGCUGCUCUGUGUUGGGAGAAGUGUCCAGCUGAGAGGGUGACGUGUGUUUUUUCUGUUCCCUGAAGCUUCCAGACCCUCCAGGCUGUGCAGCGUGCACCGCUCCUCUGGAUGUUUUAUAAUUGACAAAGUUUGUUGUAAUAAGUAUUUUCAUAAUAAAAUGGUCCUGCCGUGGAGGAA